AUGGCACUCAAAAAUGACAAUCCAAGAGGUUCUACUAUUCCCAGCGACCAUAAGAAUGCAGUCGCUAGCCCUGUCAUAGGUACACCUCCCCACUGGGCAGACUUUUAUCAACUACCUGUCGAGAACGAUAUCAUAGCCGGCACGGAGUGGAUCUAUAGCCUAUGGGCAGUCCUUCACCGCGCAGUUCCUCCUUCGUAUCAUGCUUUCACGGAGCUGGAUGAGACGUCUAGAGAGUUGUGUAAUCUCCUCAUGCAGUCCCGUCCCGAAGACGAGUGCUUACCCUUCAAAUUUAUCAUCAAGGCGCAUACUCGAACAAAAACACUUCAUGCUAUUUACGAGAUCCUCGAAUGCCAAGGGUAUCUUCAAAGCGUCUGCCCCACGCUCAUCAACGACAUUCUUCAGGAAAUCCAGGCCUGCGACUCGGACAGUGUAACAUUCAGUGCCGAUCUUCGUCGUCGAUGCAAAAUUUCUGGGCCCAUCUUGGAGCACAAGAUGUGGUCACUGCAAAAGGUGGUCAUUAGACAGCACCGAAAUCUCAACUUCAAAAAUCACGCUAGGUUUGUCGACUAUCUCUUUCGGGGCUUGUUGACAUUGGCUCUUGCGUGUGCACUUUUGGGAUUCGUCUGGUCCUUUUUCGGUAUAGCUUCUGAUUCUAGAAUCAUCAACUUGAUGUAUCUUGUUCUUUCAUUCUGCCCUUUGCUGGCGAUGAUAACAAGCAAUACAAGUUCGUAUGCGAGCAAAAUUGUCUCCCGGGUUGACACCAUGAAUAUGGACGCAUUCAAGCUGAUUUGGGCUGUGAGAGACAUGGCAGGGCUGCUGGCCCUCAUAGCCGAGUCCGACGCUUCACCACUGACCAGUGUGUCGCAUGCGAAACGGUUCAUAGAGGCUUUCGAACUUCGUUUUUGGGAGGACGUUCAUUACUAA